CCAUCUCUAUCUCAAAAUACCAUCUUUAUUCCAAAACACGCGCUUAUUUUGUAAAUAAACGACACUUUCCGUGUUUUUCGUUAAAAUAAUGAGUUUUCUGAAACCCAAGACCCACAUAGAGCAAGGCGAUGUGGUGAUAUUGUAUCUGAGCGUUAAUUCGAUGCACGCCAUUGAGGCGGUGCCUGAAAUAAUCAACAAAAAGGGCGAGACAAUACCGCACAUCUUCCAGACCAACUUUGGCUCCCUGAAAGUGGAAAAUAUCAUUGGUGCGGAGUAUGGCAGCCGCGUGGAGCUCUCCAGGGGCUGGGCCCACGUCCUGCAGCCGACGCCGGAGCUGUGGACACAAACUCUGCCGCACCGCACGCAGAUUAUAUACACGCCGGAUAUCAGCAUGAUUCUGCACCAACUGGAGGUGCGUCCUGGUGCCGUGGUUAUUGAAUCGGGCACUGGCUCAGGCUCCCUCUCCCACUACUUCCUGCGCGCCCUCAAGCCCACUGGCCACCUGCACACCUUCGAUUUCCACCAAACUCGGGCGGAUCAGGCUCGCGAUGAGUUCCGCCGACACGGACUUGCAGACUUUGUCACCGUCUAUCACCGGGAUGUGUGCAAUCUGGGCUUCACCGAGGAACUGGACGGCCAGGCUGAUGCGGUGUUCUUGGAUCUGCCCGCACCGGAUCUGGCGGUGCCGCAUGCCUUCAAGGCGUUGAAGCUGUCGGGCGGUCGUUUCUGUUCGUUCUCGCCCUGCAUUGAGCAGUCGCAGCGCUGCAUCCAGGAGCUGACGAAGCUGGGCUUCAACGAGAUCGUCUCCAUGGAGGUGCUUCAGCAGGAGAGCGUGGUCAAGACCCGCACUCUGCCCGUCAUUGAUCUGGAGUUCCUUAAGCUGCCCAAGUCCGAUGAGACGACGACGACGACGACGUCAGCAGCAAAUGCCGAGGAGUGUAAAGCGCCCAAAGAGGUGAAGAAGUACCUGACCUCUAGCAAUCCCCAAGUGCUGCCCGGUCACACGGGGUUCCUUACCUUCGCCACGCUGCCACCGAAUAUACCCAAGGCCUGAUGGUGAAUAAAGUUGCAUUUAUUUUUAUUA